AUGCAUGGCAAACAUUUUGGCAGCGGAUUUUGGCCGCAGCAAAUCGCUGAUAAUGCGGCGGAAACAAGGCAAAUAAAGGCAACGACUUUUGGGUCGCAAAAGGUACCUCAGGCGAAAGCUCUCGAAUCAGACAUGUCGUCGUGGCAUUCUAGCGAAGAGUGCCUUGUGUCGCAGGAACCUAUGGCUGCGUUUCGAGUCAGUGAGCCCUCGGAGCUUCCAGGUCUGGCAGAUGAAUCACCUGGCAUAGGAUCCUCAAUAAUGUCGGGUACACGAAAGAUUCCCGAAGCUGAGUGGGAGGUGUACAAAGAGGAGAUCAAAGUCUUGUACUUGAUCAUGGACAAAAGCAGAGAAGAUGUUAGGGCCGCUAUGCAAAAGAACCAUGGGUUUCAGGCUAGUAAAGCCCAAUACAUACGGAAAUUCGAGCUAUGGGGCUUCAAGAAAUACUCGACAGAUGAAAGUUGGAAAUACAUUGCCCGCAAAAUACAGAAGAGGAACCUAGAAGGCAAAGAGAGCGACACGUAUGUUAAUGGCAAGUUGGUACCACGGAAGAAGGUCAAGAAGGAAGUAUCAAGGCACUCUCUUCUAUCUUGCCAGUUCAUGUCAAUUCCUGGACGCAGCCCAACCCCUCCAGGUAGGGUCGAGAUUCGCACACCACCACGGGACCAUAAUUUCUUUGUGCAGUAUCUGCAUAUUCCAUGGUUUGAAUUCGAGACGCUUGUAGAGCCGCAAAUUAGACGCCUCCGUGCGUUAACUAGCGGGCACCAUAUAGAACCCUCCAUAAUCUACGAACAAUCCGCCCAAAGGUCUCAUAACCUACUAACGUGGGUCCCAUCUCCCCGAAUGAGUACUGUCACAGGCCAGAGGCAGGACCAAACAACGGCGCCCUGGGGUCAAAUGGGUAGUGCCGUCCAAGGACUCGAAAACUACCAACAAGCACAAAAUUCUUUUCCAUCGAUUCAAUUUCGAGAAAAGGCUCCAGGCCCUAGUUCAACCCCAUUACACGACUGGGAAGCUCGGCGUCUCCUUGCCUGGAUCCUAGAAGGGAAUAUCAAUCCUAACAGCCAUGAGUACCUUUCAAAAAUCACGUCUCGCCUAGACAAUCUUAUUAUCGAGCGACAAGACGUUAAAAGUGGACACUUCGCGGCUAUUGAGAAUCUAAUCAAGCUGAAGACAGCAACAACUGAGAUUUUCGCAUCGAACAUCCUCGUAAGUGCAAUUGGAAUAGGGGAUAUACCAAUCGUAAAAGCUCUCAUCGCCCUCGAGAUUGAUAUCAAUGUCCCUGGAGGCUCUCUUGAGAAGAAAACGGCACUUUCGGUGGCUGUAAGAGAGUCGAUGAAGAAAAAUAUUUCGGGAGAAGAGGAAGAAUUCCCUCUUGUUAUGCUUUUGUUGAAUGCUGGGGCUGACAUUAACGCGAAAUCUGGCCGUGACAACACCUCUCCACUUCAAGAAGUGAUAUCAAAAAAUCACGUUCAAUUAGUACAGAUACUUCUCAAUGCUGGGGCUGUUUUGGAUGUUGCAGCGAAUGAACCGAAUUUACUCCAUACUGCUCUCUUGGAGGCGGCAAGAGAUGGUGAUUCCAAGCUGGUAAAAAAGCUUUUGGAUGCGCUGACGCGACCAUCAAUGAUUACGUUGCUCCAAGAUGAGGCAGAGGCAGCAAGCUUGGGUGACACGGAUACUAUUGAAGCUCUUCUUGAUUUUGGAGCAGAUGUCGAUGCACCGGCAGGUGUUAUAUAUGAAGCCGCUCGUAAAGCAGCAGUCGAGUCCGAUAAUUGGCAGCAUCUGCAAUCUGCAGUUCAGAUUGCUGCAUCUCACGGCCACACCGAGAUGGUACAGAUGCUUCUAGAAGCUGGUGCGAAUGUAGAUGGGUACUUAUUUACGCAGGAAGAAUUUUCGACUUACGAAUCGGUCUUCCGUCGAGACGUUGAAGAACGUUAUCGCAAUCGAGAGGAAUUUGAUUGGGAGGAUUGGGACGAUAGCGGAGAUGACUCUAGCGAAUGUUGUGAUGACGAUGAUAUCUAUCUCUCUCAUUUUUACCGGACACCACUUCAGUCCGCAGUGGAACUGGGAGAUGAGGUGCUUGUACGGUUUCUCCUGCUAGCUGGUGCGGAUAUUGAAGGGCAAGGUCGCGGAUUAACGCCUUUGCAACUCGCUGCAUUGGGAAAUAAAGUCAAGCUUGUGAGGCUCAUGCUUAAGAAGGGUGCUGCUGUUAACGCUCCUGCACGUGGAAUCGGAGGAAGAACUGCGCUUCAAGCGGCUGUAGAAAGUGGUAGCACUGGUCUUGUCGAAAUGUUGAUAAACGCUGGUUCCGACCUCAAUGCCACUGCCAGUCCAAACUCUGGCUGCACUGCACUGCAAGCCGCAGUCAAAAUCAACCAUGUCGAGUUAGUGAGCAAAUUGAUUUCUCUCGGGGCAGAUGUCAAUGCUGCAGCUAGUCCCACCAACGGGCGGACCUGUCUUCAAGAAGCGGCACGGAAGGGCCACCUUGAGUUCGUCCAAAUCCUUUUGAACUCUGGCGCUAAAGUGAAUGCUGCCGGAGCAGCCAAAUAUAGAUUCACAGCACUUCAAGUGGCGGCGAGGGCAGCCCAUCUUUCGGUGGUCAAGGUGCUACUUGCUGCUGGAGCUGACGUCCAUGCACCCGUUACAGAGAGGGGCUAUUCUACGAUUUCUGCAGCUGUCCUGAGAAACAGUCUUGAAAUAAUUCAACUGGCAGGGGCAAAUAUCAAUGCACUUUGCACCGAUAAGCCGCCAUCAGGAUACGGUUAUCCAUGCACAGCACUUGAAGCAGCUUUGUGCAACGGCCAUUAUCAUGUCUUCGAAAUUUUAUGGGAUGCUGGAACGGACUUUAAUAGCCCAGUCCCAGGUUUGAGGGCGGCUCUAGGAGCAGCAAGCACCGCUUGGAGAUACGGUUUCGACCCCACGGAGAGGGACAUCGCUAAAAAAUUGCUCAACGCUGGUGCUGAUGUCAACAGGGCCUUUUCAAAUCAUGGGAUGCCACUUCACAACGCAGUAUAUAGUCAUAGAUUCGAACGACACCUAGUUCAGAUGUUGCUAAACGUAGGGGCAGAUGUGAACGGUAGAACACAGGAUGGAGAAACGGCGCUUCGAAUCGCCGUUAAUAUGGGCAAUGUUGAUCUAAUUGAAGUCCUCCUGAAUGCAGGGGCAGACAUAGAGGCAUAUGCUCCAACAGAUACAGGCCGAACGGCUCUUCAAGCUGCUGCACAACGUGGUAAUACCAUUGUCAUCCGUUUUUUAUUGGAGCGAGGGGCAAAUUGCAACGCAUCCGCUGCAAAUUCAAGAGGGGCAACUGCACUACAAGCGGCUGCGAUUGGGGGAAACGUUCAAAUUACUUUGAUGUUGCUGAAGGCUGGGGCAGAUAUCAACGCUCCAGCAGCCAAAAUUCAUGGGAGAAGCGCACUAGAGGCAGCUGCAGAGCAUGGCCGCUUGGAUAUAUUAUCACUCCUUCUCAAGAAUGACACCGAUUCUGAUGGACUGAAAUCUAGAUGCAAGGACGCGGCAAAGCUAGCAGAGAGGGAGGGACAUAUCUUCAUUUCAAGGAUGCUGAGGGCUUACACGGAGGUUUGA